GGGGAUUGGAACAUCUGAAUCCCAUGAUAUGGAGGGGAUUGGAACACCUGAAUCACAUGAUAUGGAGGGGAUUGGAACACCUGAAUCACAUGAUAUGGAGGGGAUUGGAACACCUGAAUCACAUGACUUGGAGGGGAUUGGAACACCUGAAUCACAUGAUAUGGAGGGGAUUGGAACACCUGAAUCACAUGAUUGGGAGGGGAUUGGAACAUCUGAAUCCCAUGAUAUGGAGGGGAUUGGAACACCUGAAUCACAUGAUAUGGAGGGGAUUGGAACACCUGAAUCACAUGAUAUGGAGGGGAUUGGAACACCGGAAUCACAUGAUAUGGAGGGGAUUGGAACACCUGAAUCACAUGAUUGGGAGGGGAUUGGAACACCUGAAUCACAUGAUAUGGAGGGGAUUGGAACACGGGAAUCACAUGAUAUGGAGG